AUGUUUUCAUUAAGAAGAUAUAUAAGGCUUCCAAAAGAGCUCAGACCAUCGGAUUUAUUUAAGCAGGAUUCAUUGUCACCUAGUAAAAUUGCCCUUCAAAUUGUUUUAUUGCAAAUAUUUUAUUAUGUAACUGCUUGUUUUCUUUUCUAUGGAUGGGCCAAACUAGUUGGACAUAAUAUUGAAAUGAAUGAUUGGCUAUUUUCUUCCAAAUACAUUGAUUUUACAAAUGGAUAUGGAUUGUCGCUAUCCCUACUGUGGCUUGUUGAUUCACUGAUUUGUGUUAUAUUUUUAACCGUAAUAGUAGGAAGGAGUAAAUUAGCAUGGGAUUUUGGAAUAACAGUUCACGCAAUUAAUUUUAUUGUAGUUUGUAUUUAUACAGGUGCUUUGCCAUCAUUUUCAUGGGUAAUAUUACAAGUAUUUUCGUCUUUAAUAUUAAUCUUCCUUGGUACAUGGACUUCCAGAUGGAGAGAGCUAAAAGAUACAUUUUUUGAAGGAAUGAUUGAAGUCAGUGAUAUGUCUACAGGUUUAGGGGAUAUCAAUGCAUCCAAAAAUAAUAACACAAUCGAACUAAAAGAUUUAGAAAACCAGCCCUAG